AUGGCAAUGGCACCAGAAGUUUCAAUAGAUAAAACUUUCAUUGCUCCAGAAACUCCAAAAUAUCAGCGUCGUAAAUAUCACAAAAUUAAAGACGAACAAGGACAAUUAUCGAAACAACAGCAAUAUCUGCAACUACCACAACAAAGUUCUUCAUCCUAUGAUUACUGCCAUUAUUAUCAAGAUAAUUCAGAUGAUGAUCAUCAGAAUGCUUCUCCAUCCAAGCAACAAUCAACUUUACCAUCAUCCAUCACAUUAUUAUCGCCGAAAUUGACAUUUCGUGAAUCGUUACGUGAAUCAUUCCGUGAUUUAUACGUACCAAAAUUUUUGUCCAAUUUACGAAAAUCAGCUUCUGAAAUAAGCCUUGUCUUGGAAGCAGUGCGUUCCGGACCUAUACCUACCUACUUAGAAACGCAUGAGGUACCACCACCCUCACCAUGUACCAAAGGUACUGUGGCUGUUGAUAGUGCUUCUAAACUGAUCCGUGGUAGCUCAACAAUGAAAAAGCGUAAACGUCGUAAUGCAUUAGUUACAUGGCAAAAUUACUCACCGCAUCAUCUCAACGAUCAAUUACGACAUGGUAAUUAA